AUGGCGCCCAUUACCAAAAUCAUCUCAUUGCUCGGCAGCGCAUCACUCAUCAACGCUAUCGUUUUGCCUGAAAGUAUCCUUGAAUUUCCCGUCGCGCAUGAUGAACAUGCCUCUGUCUACGAUAAAAAUAGUCCCCUUCCGAGUAUUUUCAACCUCACCUUAUCCGGAAAGACUCGCCAAAGCACAAAAUCAUCCAGCGAUGACGAUGAUACUCCACUACCCUUGAUCAUCUGGCAUGGACUCGGUGAUAACUACAAAGCGGAUGGUCUUGCGCAAGUUGGAGAACUAGCUGAAGCUAUUCAUCCUGGAACUUUUGUCUAUAAUAUUCAUGUAGAUGAUGAUGCAUCUGCAGAUAGGACGGCUACUUUCUUUGGAAAUCUCACUCUUCAAAUCGAAAAAGUCUGCGAAGACCUCGCCUCCCAUCCUAUUCUCUCUACCGCGCCCGCCGUCGACGCAAUCGGAUUCUCCCAAGGAGGCCAAUUCUUGCGCGGCUACAUAUCCCGCUGCAAUUCUCCGCCCAUCCGCUCUCUCCUAACCUUCGGUUCCCAACAUAACGGCAUUUCUGCCUUCCAAGCCUGUGGUCCUACCGAUUUCCUCUGUCGGGGUGCUCAAACCCUCUUACGUUCGAACACCUGGUCAACAUUUGUCCAAUCUCGUCUCAUACCCGCCCAAUACUUCAGAGAUCCCGAAAAUCUCGACUCCUACCUCGAAUAUUCUAAUUUCCUCGCCGAUAUCAAUAAUGAGCGUGUUCUCAAGAAUGAAACAUAUAAAUCAAACAUGGAAAAAUUGGAACGAUUCGUCAUGUACGUCUUUGAAGACGAUACAACCGUCAUUCCUAAAGAGAGUGGAUGGUGGGCUGAAGUCAACGGCACGGAAGUUACACCACUGAAAGAAAGAGCUAUCUAUAAAGAAGAUUGGGUCGGUUUAAAGACAUUAGAUGAAGCCGGGAAAUUAGUUUUCGAAACCAUUCCAGGGGGUCAUAUGACAUUAGGAGAGGAGAUGUUAGCAAAGGCCUUUAAAGAGUACUUUGGUCCCGCAGAAAAAAAAUUCGGGGAGAAGCAGACCGAGAUGACCGGACAUGAAGAGGAAUUGUAA